AAAUGUUGACAGGAGUUGAGGAGUUGUAAGAGUUUAGUUGGCUUCCAACCUCGAGUGUAAUCCGCCCCAACACUAGCACGCUGACCAGGGUGAACGUCAGUGCUGAAGGAUGAUGACAAAAAUACUGAACGGUGAACUGACCUUCACCUCACUGAAACCUCUGGAUUUGUCGACCUGUUCUAAGGAAGAGAUCAAGCUUUACUUCGAGAACAGCUAUGACUUGAACGAAAGCCUCUUCACGGCACUCAAAGAGGAGUCUGUGUUUUACAAAUGCCCCGACCGUCUCCGCCUCCCUCUCAUCUUCUACUUCGCCCACACAGCGACCGUCUACGUCAAUAAACUUCUUCUUGCCAGCUUUAUCAAGAGCAGAGUGAACUUUGAAUUUGAAACUAUGUUUGAAACUGGUGUUGAUGAAAUGUCAUGGGAUGACACGGAGAACUACCGUAUGGGUGGAGGCUUUGAGUGGCCUUCCCUGGACCAAGUAGUGAAAUACAGACAAAGAGUGAGAAAUCUGAUUCUUGACCAGAUAGACGACACCCCACUCACCCUACCUAUUACAGCGGAAAGUUCCUGGUGGGGUCUUGUCAUGGGGAUGGAACAUGAAAGGAUUCACCUGGAGACAUCGUCUGUUCUCAUACGCCAGCUGCCCAUACAUUUGGUGUCCAAGCCCGAAGGAUGGACAUAUGGACCUGUGAAAAGUGGCUCCAGUGCGACCGAGAACUCACUGAUCUCUGUCGAGACACAUGAUAUCACAAUUGGCAAGCCUAAAAACUUCCCUUCCUAUGGGUGGGACAACGAAUAUGGUCAAGCGGAGAUACAUGUGCCGCCAUUCAAAGCAUCCAAAUAUCUGGUGACCAACGGGGAGUUUCUUGGUUUUGUCCGUUCUGGUGGUUAUAGGUGCAAGAAGUAUUGGUCCAGUGAGGGAUGGAAGUGGCGAGAGUUUAAACAGGCAAAUCACCCGGUGUUCUGGGUCUGCAAUAAAGGCUGCGUGGGGGGUUGUGGCGGGGACCUGGCUAACUGGUCUCACUGCCAUAUCAAAGAUGUAUCCGAGAAGAUACUUAAAAAGGAUGACAACAACAGCCAGAGCGUCGACACUGAAUACAGGUUGAGAUUGAUGUUUGACCUGGUAAACCUUCCCAUCGACUGGCCGGCUGAAGUUAAUUACCAUGAAGCAAAGGCGUUUUGUUGCUGGAAGGGAGCGGGUUUCCGCUUACCAACAGAAGCGGAGCAUAAUGUCAUGAGAGGCAAACAGAGGCCAAUAAGCGACGGUACAGCCUGUGACAUCAUAUACAGUGAUAAGAUAGAAGCCAACCUAAAUCUUCAAUAUGGCUCCUCAACUCCUGUCAACCUGUACCCGAGCAAUGAGAUGGGUUUCCAUGAUGCAUUUGGAAAUGUAUGGACAUGGCUCGAGGACCACUUCAAUGGACUCUGCGGCUUCAGCACACACUGGCUGUAUGACGACUUCUCCUCGCCAUGCUUCGAUGGCCAUCACAACAUGAUCCUGGGAGGUUCUUGGAUAUCUACUGGAGAUGAGGCAUCUCGCUUCGCCAGGUUUGGCUUCAGGCGACAUUUCUUCCAACACCUUGGGUUCCGACUUGUGCAGACAAUAGACCAACCGAAAGAAGGGAGAGUGUCAUUACCAGCCCGAGUCGUGAAUACACCAGUAUUCGUUUUAGGGAAGGGUGUCACAGCCAACAGUGGAUGUCUAAGUGACAUGUAUCGUGUUGAGGCUGUUCCCACCACAAACCUCAACUAUUGCUACGAAGGAGAAAAUUCGCUGGUAGGAAUCUUGGAAUUGGAAUUCGGCUUCCGAGACUCCGGCAUAGCCGUCCUGGCAGCGAUGUGUGGCGAAUACACACGUGACAUGAACAUCACCACUGACACAGCGCUACAUCUCGGGGCAGGGACAGGACGGGGGGCAUUUGAACUUAGCAAGGUGUUUUAUCGAGUACUUGGACUGGAACCGGUGGGGAGGUAUGUCGACGCGUCUCUCAGAUUGAAAGAAGAGCGUAAUUUGAAAUUUUCAGCCCCAAACAACAAUUCUGCCUCUGAGAUAAAUUUAGGUGAUUAUGAUGCCAAUCCCGAGAGGAUCACAUUUAAACAGUUGACGUGGAUAUCAAAUGAGGUGGACAGUCAUGAUCUAGUCCUCGUGACGCAUUUGGACCGAGUCCAGAAUCCUAAAGCUUGGUUGAUGCGUGUUUGGGAAAUCACAAAACCCAAUGGGAUUGCUGUGGUUGGAAGUCUGAGCGGCGAAUGGACCCAGGAGAAGAUGCAGCCAAUGUUGGGAGAGAGAAUGACAUGUGUUCUGGGCGAAGACGCUGAAUACAGCUGCCCCUCAGGACGUCGCACUGCAGUUGUGACUGUUUGGCGACGUCAGUAGGCAGCAUGGACACAGGGCGUCGCCUCUGCUGUAACACCAUGCGGUGUUCAUGAGAGUGGUAUAUCGAGACCCACGCGACAAGAACAGCGGACGAUGUGCUGGAGAGGAACAAGAUAGCAUUGCGCCAUGUAUAAAUGCUAUAAACACAGUUGAAUUAAAUCAUAUUUGGUCAUGAGAGAUAAACGGAGGUUUAAUGCAGAAUUUAACAAAUGAGCAUAUUACUUUUUGCGGUAUACUGGUACUCCUAUGUAUUAUGUAUCAACACAUGUUAUGCUUUUGCGUACUAUGUAUUUUACGUUUACCUUGAACGAGUGACUGUUAACAUUAUUUUACUGGUAUUAGGGUUGCAUGGGGUGUAUGUGAUCUUAUGCUGUUUCUUCUUUUCUCAUCAUCUCCAACUCGAACUGAAUAUUUAAAUUUCAUGGUCUUUUAUUUUCCUCUUAACAAACAUUAUUUAUGAAAACUGAUAUACUUUGAUGUAGUAUUCAAAUAAAACAUGUAUGACUUUA